AUGUUUGAAGAAGUGGACGAUGCGUCGCGUCGUGAAAAGUGCUUCACUACCAUCGCUCAGCUGCCGGCAUUCAUCGACCCAAAGCAGAUCCCGGGCAAGAGAUUGCCCUUUUCAACGAUUCAAAAUCAUGCAUUCGUACACUCAGUCGAGGUUAUCUUGCCCAAGGAGUUUUACUUGCAGAUCAAGCCGUCGCUCGAGAGCAAACUAGAAAAACCUCGAUAUGCACGAGUCUUCAUGGCUCCUUCGGCUCUGCUUGAGCAUGAUUUCUUCAAUACAUAUAUCAAAUCAGGGAAUAUAUUGAUGAUAUCCGAAGGACGUUCAGGAUCCGAUAAUGUCUUCACACUCCGAGAUGGGGUACUUCGAAUGGAACUAGGAAAGGAGAUCUAUGAGCGAACAGGUCUCACAGGCAAGCCUUGUCGCAGCGGCGGCAGAAAACAUGCCAAAGAAAGAUUCUUGGUAGAAUUGAACUUGCGGCUGCCCUCCAUGUUACAUGGCAAGAAAGGCUUCGAAAGAAUCGUAUGGGCAUUCACCAAUGUUCUGACUCAAUCAAUGGCCUGGCUCUUCCACGACCUGGAAAGCAAUCCUGGUCAGGAUGAAGCAGGAACCAAGCCGAUCAAUAAGGUCCAACCGCAGUUGAUUACCUGCGAGCCACAGGAAAUUGAUCACGAGCAAAUAAUCACUCCGCCGUUUUUUAACGAAAAGGGGAAAGUACUUGAGAAAAUGUCGGAAGGUGAUCUGCAGGAACACUGUGGCUCCCUGUCCGAAUGGCUUGCCAUGGUCCAGAUGGCUUCCCCCCGGUUAUCUGGGGAAGAUGACGUCGAUCCGUACCUGAGUCGUUAUGCAGUUCCAGACGCAGAUGGAAGCCAGACCUCUGAUUUGAUGAGCUUAAAAUGGCACGGUUUGAUAUCGUCCCGUUGGAUCAUGCAGCUGUUCCUGAAUCUAUUGCAAAGCAAGGCUAGCAAUCUAUCCUGGUUUGCGCUUGCCGUCGCUACUUUGGGCAAAGAGGCCGUGGAGGGAAGGGACGGCUUCACGGUUAUGGUCCUUCCUAGGGAACCUAGUGAACCUGAACCCAAACAAACAGAAGAAUCUCAGGAUAGCAAACGAACCAGUGGAUCUGAUGGUCGUAUGACUCUAUGUUGGGAGUUGAUGGGGGCAUCGGUGACCGAACCCUGA